UUUCCCAUUUGUUGCAGCUAGGAGCAAACUUUAAACAGACACCCACACUAAGCUCUCAGACUCCCAGCUAAGGAAUUGUUUCCUUUUCACUCCUGAGUUUUUCAGAGGCACAGGAAUCCCACCAGCAAAGCAAGCAAACCCCUGAGUGACCUGCAGCCCUAUUAAGCACUAGAGGAUCACCCUGCUGCCUAGAACCUGCUGCCAGGCGGAGAACUCACUGGCUCCAUUACUUUCAUGCUGUUGGGUCACUGCUCAGAUCUACAAAACAGUGUGAGGAAGUUUGGUGCCAAGCCAAAAAGUAAGGUAAAUAAUCAGCACAGCAGGGCAGCACAGACUUUGAUACUGCCUAAAAAAGGAACUGCCGGUGAGAAAAAAAGGGAGGUGUAUAGAGACACGUUCCUAUCCCACAAUGUCCUGAAGGGACACGUUUGCUGACUAUCACAUUGUUUUCCCUUCGGGUGUCAAGCUACAGUUUCACAUUUUAACAGCUCUGGAUGACUGCUCUCACUUAUAAUGCUAAUUUCUUCAGAAUUCACUGGUUUUUGUUUGUUUUUACAAGGUAAACUGCUCCUUUCAGAAGGAUUAUUCAUUUUCUUGAAGCUUCAAGGAACUUUUUGUGCAUUUGCUUCAAUGUGAGGCUGACAGGUGUUCCUAAGGAAAACAUUUUUAUAUCUAUGUUUAUUUUUUUUUAAUUUGGUCAGACUUUUGUUCCUUUUUUUCUGUUUUUGAACAUCUUUGCUUAGAAGGAUUUAAAACUGCAACAGAUCUUUGAGGAGUUGAUCUAUUCAUCUUACUUUUACUUCCAAACUGGAGACAGAAAAGAAUCACAGAAUCAGAAAAGAGUUUGCUUUCCAUGGGAUUAUGAAGGAUCUACCCAGUGAUCAUCUGCCACCAAUGUUACCCAAACAGGCUCAGUGCUCUCUGGUGAAGGGUGCAGUUAUCAUGCUCUGCUGAGUUUGACUGUGAACUUGCAUAUCUCAAGUGGCAUUAGUAUCUGUGCUCCCCCUAUUCAUCCAAAUGAUCCUCUUAUUGUUACUUCUCAGAGUCCUCACGUGUACCCUGGACUUUCAGCCACAUGGAGUACAAGCUGAACCCAAUCUCAACAGCAAAUUUCAUUUUGGAAGUGCAAAGGAACAGAAUGGAGUGCAGGAUCAUCAGCAUGAGAAGAUUGUUUCAGUUUCAUUUAAUGGGUCAAUUCACAGUCCCAGGUUUCCCCAUUCAUACCCAAGAAGCACUGUGCUAGUGUGGAGAUUGGUAGCUGUGGAAGAACACUUAAGAAUACAACUGACAUUUGAUGAUAAAUUUGGGCUUGAAGACCCAGAAGGUGAUAUAUGCAAGUAUGAUUUUGUGGAGAUUGAAGACCCCAUUGAUGGGACAAAACUUGGACGCUGGUGUGGAUCUAGUGUAGUGCCCAGCAAGCAGAUAUCAAAAGGCAACCAGAUCAGGAUACGAUUUGUAUCAGAUGAGUACUUUCCUUCUGAACCAGGAUUCUGCAUCCAUUAUACUCUUCUCACCCCGCAACAAGCAGAACCAGUUGUCCCCUCAGUCCUCCCACCUUCAGCACUGCCAUUAGAUUUAUUAAGCGAGACUGUUGCUCGAUUUGGCACUGUGGAAGAGGUAAUGCAAUACCUUGAACCAGAUAGAUGGCAAUUGGACUUAGAAGAAUUGUACAGACCAUCAUGGCAAUUGCUUGGGAAAGCCUAUAUCCACGGCAGAAAAUCCAGAGUGCUUGACUUGAGUAUUAUGAGAGAUGAAGUGAGGUUGUACAGCUGCACGCCACGUAACUUUUCUGUGUCUAUACGGGAGGAGUUAAAAAGGACAGAUGCCAUAUUUUGGCCAAGCUGCCUCCUGGUGAAGCGAUGCGGGGGGAACUGCGGCUGCUGCAGCCUUGGUUGCGGUGAAUGCCAGUGCACUCCAACUAAAGUCAUCAAGAAGUACCACGAGGUUCUACAGGUAAAGCAAAGAACUGGUUUAAAAGCACUUCAGAAGUCACUGACAGACGUGGCUUUGGAGCACCAUGAAGAGUGCACUUGCCAAUGCAAGGGGAACACUGAAGGAUAAAUGGAGGAAUAAAUCAAUCAAUAUUGAAAGCACAUACAAGAUAUUGCUGUUUCUCCAGGGGAAUAGCUUACUUUUACACUGUAAACAUGGAAGUCUAUUUGUGGCUGCCAGUCUUGCAGAUGUGCAACUAUGUCAUGAUGAAAGGAGACGUUGGAUAAAACCUUCCAUUAACGUUUGGUCGGUCCAGACGCCACAUCAUUGAGAGGGUAUUAGUCAGUGUGGCUGCCCUUUAAUAUUACUGUACACAGAUGAAGCCCUACAUUAGGACAAGACAGUCAUAAUCUUAUAUAAAAAUGUCUACUGGACAGCUUUUGUGGAGCUCUGCUACAAGACUGACCACAGCACUGCAUAACAUCAUGGUGGAAAUAUAUUCUGUUCUUGAUGUCAGCUUUGAAAUCCGAGUGAAGACUAUUUGCAUGAUAUAAGCAUUUUUUUGUGUGGUGGGAGCAGUUACACCCAGUUUUUUAAGCGUGACUAAGGAAUGAGGUUUUCCCUCUAAAACCUCAUACAGUCAUUUUUAAUUGACCUUUCGUUUCUUCCUACAAUGUGCUUGGACCAAUGCAUUUAUUAGUCACAACCGAAGUAGACAGAUGCCUCAAUUCAGCUAAAGGCUUCUGUUGAAUUGUAUUUUUCAUUGUGUUACUUUUGUACAUUUUAUAUUCUUUCCAGUUAUAUCGAUUUGCUUUUCUAAUUGUGUUAAUUUUAUCUCUUUUUACAUAGAUAUUUAAUGUCCUGUCUUUUUAAAGCUUAAACAAACUUUUUGUGUAUUUCAUUAUUAUUUUCUUUUGUUUUAUCAAGCCCAGUUGAAUUAAGGUCAAGCUGCAGGAGUUGGGUAUUUGUAUAUGGUGCUAAAAAGUGAAGUAUCUAGGUUUUACAUUGAAAAAGGAAAUGGCCAAUGAAAUGGACAUAAUGGUACUGAGCUGCUACUGAACAAUCUUUAAUAUCUGCAUUCAAUGUAGUUUCUUUAAAAAAAAAAAAAGAAGAAUAUGAUGGGUUCUCAUCAAACUUCAACAUGUCUCCGAGAUGGUUUUAUUAUGAUCCUCCGCGGUGUCUUACACCCAAGUGCAAAAUCCUUAUCUACCAAGCAAAACCAUGAAAUCACCGUUGUUUGCCUAUUAACAAUUCACAUAUUAAAACUUUCUCCUUAAUAAAUAGAAUUAAAAAUUGCCUUACAUUUUCCUAUGCCUAUUUGUAGAGAUGUAUUUUUAUUUUUUUUUGCAAAUCUCAAUUUUAUUUUUCAGGAACAUGUACAUUUUUCUUUUUGUAUUUUACAUAUAUUUUCUGUACUUAGAGAAAAAAAUCUGUCAUAAAAAUAUUGCAUAUACAGGUUUACUAUGUUUCUCGUUAAAGUUGAGCAAUCAGUUAAGGAAAUAUAGCAAGAGAAUACUAUGAUUAGUAUCCACCUAGAAACCAAAACCCAUAGGUCUGGUGGGGAAAGGGGAGGGAAGAAAGCGUCUGUACAUGAGAUAUGGACCUAAAACUCGGUCACAGGAAACGUGCUUUAGAUGUAGGAGCUGUCUUUUGAAUUGAAAGAUUUUUUGGAUAAUUUUUUCCCCCCAGAUUUAAUCCAUACCUUAAAACUAGUACACUUGCCUUUACCAGGGGAGACUAUAUAAGGUUACUGCAGUGGUAUUGUUCAUAAUAAAGUUAAUCUUCUAUUUAUGUUUGGUUUGCAUCUUUGGUAACUGUAAUGUUGAGCAGAAAAUGUGGACAGUCAUAUGAUACGUGGUGCUUAUUCUUUCUUAAUGGGAACCUAUUAAAAUAAAGGAAUCCCAUUAAAAGUUGCCAGGAUGGUAAUAGGUUUGUAUAAUUGUCACUCUCUCUUACUUUCACUAGCCUCGACUUUAUCCAUGCACUAGAUGCCGCAGGAGAGCUAGUUCCAUAUCAUGUCCCAGAGACCAGGUCCACUCAUA